GCGCUGCGUAAGGUGGAUGCUACUGCUCGGCAGCGUAUCGGAUAACGCACGGUUUUCCAGAAACUUUCUCUAUCCCAUGCAAACCUGAAAUUUUACGUAGAAGGGAAUAAAAUAAGCUAAAUAAUAUUGGAUAGCAUAUAUGAGUCUCCUUAUAUAACAAACUAAAGUGAUUGGCGUCAGAUUUGCAUUAUUUGAUUCUUCCAAACAAUAUCUCGUGCAUGAAUUAAAUUGUUAAAACUCGCGUGUGACCAAAACUGAUUCCCAUCAAGCUCCAUUCUUCAACUCCAUGAGCAGCAAAAAUAUGGGCGUGAAAUGUGUCUUGUCAGUUGCGUCGUUGUUGCUGCUUCACGUGACAUCUCAGUGCAGGGGACAGUCACUCAGCAGAGUCAUCAAGCCUGGAGACCAGAGCGCCCUGGAGCGCCAGGGCCGGCAGCUGGGUGAUCCUCUCCACGACGCCGUUGCAGGCCGCAUUUGCGACUUCGGUGUUCAGGACGCGACGACUUGGUGCUCCUGGAGGCCUGUUAGCGACGAGGUCCUCAGCCGAUCUUCGCUACCAUCACAAUUAACGUCGUGGACGCUGUCCAUGGGAGCGAACUCUCUCUGGGUGGGCGGACCUCGUAACGACACGUCGGGCGACCCCAGAGGCGGUUAUGCUUUCCACGAAACCUCGAGCCAGCCUGGAUUCGACGCACGAAUGGCGGUAAUGGAAUCUAAUGCCCAGGAGCCAACUGGCGCGUCGGGCAAAUGCCUAAAGUUUUGGUAUGCCAUCGAAGGGCUGAGCGCCAGCGAGCUGAGGGUGCGAGUGCGCAACCUGCAGGACACUGAGUCUAUGGUCAUCUGGCAGACUAGAGACACGACUCGCGGCGACUGGAAGGAAGGACAAGUACUCUACACAUUCACGGAUAACCACACGUUGGUGCUAGAAGGAGUGCCGGUAGAGGGAGUAGAUCCAUUCAACAUAUUCCGUGGACACAUCGCAGUGGACGACCUGGGGGUGAGGGAAGGGCAGGAGUGUAUCGGUCUGUGCUCCUUCGAAGGCGGCAUGUGCGACUGGAACAAUGCGGCAACUGAUGACUUUGACUGGAAACUGGGUCGCGGUACCCAGAACCCCAUCACGGGUCCACCUAGGGAUCGCAACAGCGGGCGCAGCAGUCUGACGGGCGGCGCUUACGUCUACAUAGACUCUGACUUCCCUAGACGGCCUGAGGAUGUCGCGCGGCUCGAGAGCAUUGAGUUUCAGGAGACAGACCCCACGAACCCUCCGUGCAUGCGGUUUUACACGUUCAUGUCUGGCCGUGGCGUGGGCUCUCUGCGCGUGCUGCUGCAAGACGUCGUCACGCGCAGGGAACGCGUGGUGUGGGCGCUAGCCAGGAACCAGGGCGCCAGGUGGCUAGAGGCGCAGCUGCCGCUGUCGUCUAACACCCCGUUUAAGAUUGUAUUCGAAGGCACCGUCGGGACCCCACGGGUGGGCGACAUAGCACUCGAUGACAUUACGAUCGUCUCAGGACCCUGCGCCACGCUGCCAACGAGCGCAUCGCCCCCCACGUCCGGGGACUGUACGUUUGAGGAAGGCUUGUGCGGCUGGGCGAACCCCAACGUACGGCAGCGACUCGACGACUUGGACUUCAUCCGGAUCCAGUCGACGGAGAACUCAUUCCCUUCUGCUGACCACACCACGGGCAAACCAAACGGUCACUACAUGGCACUGGAGUCGCCGGAGCAGAAGGUGGAGGGUGAUCGAGCAUGGCUGAUCUCGCCCGUCAUGACGGGGAGGCGACAAGUCAAGUGCCUCUCAUUCUGGUAUCUUAUGUUCGAACCUCUGACCGACGAAUUAGAAACCAAGCUUGGCUCGCUGAGCGCCUUCAUCAAACGCGAGGACGCGAGCGGGGCCAUCAUCCUAACGCCCAUCUGGUCGCUGCACAACUUCCAGGGCCUCACCUGGUCCUUUGCUCAGGCCCCGCUGCGGGCUGACGGGGACUUUGAGGUCGUGCUAGAGAGCGUCUGGGGCUCCGCCAAAAGCAAAGGCACGCUGGCCGUUGACGACAUCACAAUAUUCGACGGAAACUGUCCCACCGUUCCUGACGCGGCCGUGGUGAGGGCAGGCGACUGCACCUUCACUAGAGGGUCGUGCGGCUGGCAGAACCUCACGUCAGACUCCAACUUCUACUGGAACAACGCGUCGCCGAGCCGACGUCCCGUGUCCAUGACAGACCACACAUACGGCGCUCAGGUUGGCUACAUUUACUUCGACGUCUUCAAUCUAAACUCUCGAAGUCAGAAGCUCCAGCUGAUCUCCCCAGCUAUAGACCCCUCGGCAGAUCGAGAACCGCUCUGCUUCACAUUUUGGUUCUCUGGGUUCGGUUCAGACGGCAACACGUCACUGGCCGUGUACCAGAAACAAACGGACGAUGGUGCGCGCAUCAAUAGCAUCGGCAGCGACAUUGUGCAAAUUUGGAGCCACAACAUCGGCCUGGACGCACUGUCUGGACGCUGGCAGUUCGGCCAGGUGCCGCUGCUCGCCAGUACGAGGUUCCAAUUGGUGGUCGAGGGAGCCUCCUUCAACGGCGGCUACACCCUCGACGACUUCAAGAUCUACAACGGACUCUGCGCAAAACGGCCUCGGGAUCAUCCAAACUUCAUCAGAGUGUAAAAAAUAAGUUGACAUCUGCGACGAAAUGAAAGUGCCUUUAGUUAUUUACGUAAGCAUCAGUUCUUAAAUCCUCUGAGCAAACGUUCAUAUAUACGUUUAGAUCUUCGUAUUUAGUGUCGAUAUUUUUAAGGCACAACAUAGAUAGAAAAAUCCACAAUUAGUGAUCAGUGAUACAGUGAGGAAAAUAUUCCGAACUGAAGCAAUGUGAGAGAAAGGCGCGUUUUACUAAUUUCGCAGUAAUAUUAAUUCCGAAACCAAUUCUGAGACCAAAGACCACAACUUGAAAUGCUGUAUGACAUCUACGAGUAAGACCUGAUUAGGUGAUGAACAAUUUACCGAUUUCUAAAACUUAAUCGAACAUGAAUUGCUUUCGCUUGAACAGCGUGCCUGAAAUUCUUUCACAACCAUACUACCUCAACUUUUUUUCUGGAGUGCAUGGAGAUCUCACUAACAACAUUGGUUGUUUACUGUCAUCGACAAUUUGUAUUGUAACAAAAGUGAAUCUUUACAGUUUAUGCAGCCGAUAUAAGCUAGUUAGUUGGCGAGAACUCAACCAGUUCAAUGGAAUCGUAAUUUCGGACGAUGUUAUGCAAUUUUGUGUUAGCCAAACUAACUACUUGAAGCCCCAUCGGACAAUGGACAAUAGUUCCUCUCGAUCACAUAAAAUGUACAUAGUAGAUUUUACUAAAAAUAAUCCUUUUCUACCGAG